AUUAGUUUAAAAUACAUAUUUUUAAUGUGUUUAUUUAUUGGUUAGAGGUAUAAUUGGUAUAAAAGGGUGUAGAAUACCACAUUGCCCCAUGUAUCAAAAAAAUUAGAUUAAUUUUAUGCUUAACGGUUUUAUUAUUUAAGAUUAAUAAUAUUUAUUAAUUUCUUGAGAAAAUGGGUCGUAUGUACGGAAAGGGUAAGGGUAUCUCAUCCUCGAGUAUUCCCUACGGUAGAAAGCCACCUUCCUGGCUUAAAACAAAACCUUUUGAAGUUGAGGAACAAAUUGCAAAACUGGCCAAAAAAGGACAAACUCCAUCACAAAUCGGUGUCUCAUUACGUGAUUCCAUGGCUAUUCCACAAGUAAAAGCCGUUACCAAUAAUAAAAUAUUAAGAAUUCUUAAAGCACAAGGAUUAGCGCCUGAGAUUCCUGAGGAUUUGUACUUUUUAAUAAAGAAGGCAGUGUCUAUGAGAAAGCAUAUGGAGCACAACUUGAACGACAAGGACUCAAAGUUUAGACUCAUUCUGGUCGAGUCCAGGAUCCAUAGACUUGCUAGAUAUUAUAAGAAAAAGAGGCAACUUCCCGCCACCUGGAAGUACCAAGCUUCCACCGCAGGAACACUCGUCGCAUAAUCUCUUAUCCACUA